AUGGACUUAGACGAUGAAAAAAAGAAUGGCUUCUGUUCUGUCGAUGAUUGUAUCGGAUUGAAUUGCAAGCGACUUGUUCUUGUAGAGUUGAAAGAUGUUGUGUUAUCAAAGACGCAACGUAAAACUCCGACUGUUGUUCAUCGGCAUUUUGCUAUUAGCCGAAUAAGAUCUUUUUAUUCAAGAAAAAUCAAAUUUCUUCAACAGACUCUACAUGAUAAGCUUUCUCAGAUCAUUGAUGAGUUUCCUAAAAUGGAAGAAAUGCAUCCUUUCUAUUCAGAUUUAAUGAAUAUUUUGUAUGAUAAAGAUCAUUAUAAAAUAGCUCUUGGUCAAAUAAAUAUAUCUCGACAUCUGAUUGAUGGAACUUUGAUUUUAUGUGGUUUUCCAAAUGUGGGAAAAUCUUCUUUAAUGAAUAAAUUGACAAGGGCUGAUGUCGAAGUUCAACCUUAUGCUUUUACUACCAAAGCUUUAUAUGUUGGACAUUUUGAUUAUAAAUUUCUUCGAUGGCAAGUAAUUGAUACCCCUGGUAUAUUAGAUCAACCUUUAGCGGAAAGGAAUAUUAUUGAAAUGCAGGCUGUAACUGCUUUGGCACAUUUGCGUGCUGCGGUGUUGUUUAUAAUGGAUAUCAGUGAAACUUGUGAUUAUUUAAUCAAAGAACAGAUAUGUUUAUUCGAAAGCAUUCGUCCUCUUUUCGCAAACAAAGCUGUAUUUGUGGGUCUCAAUAAGGUUGAUAUUUUGAGUCGGAGUGAAUUGUCAUCUGAUAAAAUUGAUUUAAUUCGUAAACUCGAACAGGACUCGAUUCAAAUAUUUGAAUUAAGUACGGUAACACAACAGGGGAUUGUUGAGCUGCGUAAUAAGGCAUGUGAUACUCUUCUUGCUCAACGUGUAGAAAAUAAACUUCGUUCUAAAAAAUUGGACAGUGAAGGAGGAGUAUUAAGUCGAAUUUUUGUUGCAUAUCCAACUCCAAGAGACGAUAAGGUUAGAGUUCCCUUCAUCCCAGAAACUGUAUUUAAAAAGAGACAGUCAGUAAGUGAAGGAAGAAAAUUUGAAAGAAGUGCUGAAAUGAGGAAAUUAGAACGCGAAAUCGAAUUGGAAAUGGAAGAUGAAUAUACUCUCGAUUUGAAAAAACACUAUUUAUUAAAGAAUGAGAACGAGAAAUAUGAUAUAAUACCAGAGAUAUGGGAAGGACAUAAUAUCGCUGAUUUUGUCUGCGCAGAUAUAAAGGAAAAAUUGGAGAAAAUUAGAGAAGAAGAAGAAGUACGAAUAAAAUCAGGGUUGGCGAUAAUAUUUAUUUUGAUAGACAGAUUUGUUAUUAAUGGUUUCGUUAAUCAUCCAUUUUCAAGAUAUUACGAUCUGGACUUGGAAGAUGAUGAUGAUGAAACCAGACAACUAUUGGAAAAUGCAAAGAGGAUAAGAGAGAAGGAAGAUUUAUUGAAAAUGGAAUCGCAAGGUAAGAAAAAAAUAGAAAAACCACGACUAAGUCGAAGAAUUGCUCGAAAGCGUGAAAGAACCACUUCGAGAUUAGAAAAAGAAUUUCAAGAUUUGGGUGUUGAAGUUGAAGUUAAGAGAAUGAAAUUGUUUAAUGAAGAACAGGGGCGAAGAGGGUCUGUGAAAAAAGUGCAUGUUGGACAAAGUCCAGUUCUAUCUGCUUCACGACCACCAAGUCGUGAUGUACGAGGAAUCCCUGAUCCAGUGAUGCGUGAAAAGACCAAACGAAUUGCCCGCAAAGCACAGAAACCAAGCCAACGCGAAGCUAGGAAAGGUGAAGCGACCAACGAAGAUGUAUUUCUGAAAAAUGCGCGAAAAAACGAACUGAAGAAAAACGGGACGAAAAAAGAUAGGAAAAAUGAUAUUAAUGAUUUGCUCUCAAGACUUGAAUCUGCUCGUUUUCGUUUAAUCAAUGAAAAACUUUAUACAUCGACUAGCGAACAAGCAAAAAUUUUAUUUCAAAAUGAUCCUCAUGCCUUUGAAAUUUAUCACAGAGGAUACAAUAAUCAAGUAGGGAUAAUAAUACGACUUAAUAAAAAUAAUAAUACGACUUUAAUUAAUAAAAAUAAUACGACUUUAAUGAAAAAGUGGCCUUACCAACCUAUUAACGAUAUAAUUCAUUCUUUGAAAGCAGAAAAUGAUAAAAAUAUUGUUAUAGUGGAUAUGGGCUGUGGUGAUGCAAAAAUUGCUGCAGCUUUAAAGGAUCAUGCUACAGUUUAUUCAUUUGAUCUGGUUGCUGCUAAUGAUAGAGUAACUGAAUGUGAUAUGGCGAAGGUUCCUUUAGAAAGUGAAUCCAGUGAUGUUGUUGUAUUUUGCCUUUCGUUGAUGGGAAGAAAUCUUAUCGAUUUUAUUCUGGAAGCAAAUCGAAUUCUCAAAAUUGGUGGUUGUUUGAAAAUUACCGAAAUCACUAGUCGUUUUAUAAAUAUUAAAAGCUUUAUAUUUGCUUUACGAAAUUUGGGUUUCCAUCUUAUUUCAAAGAAAACUAGAAGUGAUGGAUAUUUUUUGGUGUUUAAUUUUGUAAAAAUGAAAUCGAAAGUGAAGAAACGAGUUAAUGGAUUAAAGUUGAAACCAUUUUAUAGGAUGUCACUGGUUGAACUCGGUUGGCGACAAUUCACCUUUUUUGAAAAAAAUAUUGUUCGAGAUCCGAAGAAUCCGGAUGAAAAAUUUUCUGGACUCAAGAAUUUGAAAGCAAGUUGUUGUGUACAAGGCAAUGACUUCGCAGUGUUUGGUGAAAAUAGUGGUGCUGUAUUGAAAUUAACGUCAAAGUUGGAAGAAUGUUUCUGGAUGGCUCAUAAAAGAUCGCUUAGUGAUAUCGCCCUAGCUGGAAAUAUUUUUGCUACAGUUGGCGAAGAUGAGGAGGGUAUAAAUUCCUUAGUUAAAUUGUGGAAUCUUGAACGAAUUGAAAAGGAAAUCCCAUUUUGCGUUCGCGUUAUCAGAAUUUGCUCUCUGCUGGGUUUUGGUAGAUGCCCACGAGCUUGUUCAAUUGCCUUACACUCUUCACUUCAACACAUUGCAGUCGGUUUUAUCGAUUCAUCUUUAAUUUAUUGCAACGGAAAUGUUCUUAAGGAAAGGUCGGGGAAGUGGUUGAAUGUUGUGAAUGAAGUGAGCAGUGGAGUGAAAAAUGAAAUAACUGGAAUUGCUCUUGCUUGGUUGCCUAUUCAUAAUUCUUGUAUUUUAUACUGCAUGACUGUGACUAACGUAAAAUCCUAUGUCAUCAAUAAGACAGUUAUAAAUGAGAUAAAUCAUGAUGCAAAAGGAUGUCAACGUAAUUGUUGGAGUUUUAAUGAAAUGCAGAACAGUUUAACCAUUGGAAGCCCUGAUAUGGUUUAUUUUUACAAUGCUGAAGAUAGUGUUGGCGAAAGUUCAAUUGGUGGAAAAGGAAAAUGUUAUGCAUUAGGCCGUUGUAAUGAUAAAAUACAAUUAAUUUCCUACGACAGUUAUGUGAUAUUACUCACCAAACAACCAAACGCCACUCCAUCAGCUGAUGAUUUAUUUACGUGGGCUAUAUCAAUUUACGAUAUCGACUGUCAAUGUGUUGCUUUCUCGUGCGCUGUUCCUCCAACUUCUUGGGUGUUUCGGCUUGACAGUGUGAUUACAAUUUUAGGGCAAGAUGGUACAUUAGCGUUUUUGACGGAGAAACCUCUUGGUGUUAAGCUUGAUAUUCUUUUUAAAAAGAAUUAUUUCGAUUUAGCUGUUGGAUUAGCCAAGAGAAGUGCAUUUCAUUAUGAAUAUUUACCCGAUAUUCAUAGACGAUAUGGCGAUUAUUUAUAUAAGAGUGGUGAUUUCGAGAAUUCGAUUAAACAAUAUGGUGAAACAAUUGGUUCACUGGAGCCAUCUUAUGUAAUUAAGAAGUUUUUGGAUGGAUCGUUAAUAAAGGAACUUAGCCUUUAUCUAGAAGUCCUUCAUGCAAAAGGAAAAGCUAGUUCACAUCAUUCAACAAUUCUUAUCAACUGCUAUAUAAGGAUGAGCAAUAAGGAGAAAAUUGAAAAAUUUAUUGAUCAAAAUUUCAGCUGUGAUGUAGAUGUUGUUGUGCAUAUUUUACGUUCAGCAGGCUUUAUUGAUGCUGCUUGUCGUAUCUGUGAAAAGAACGAUAUGUUAGAUAAGCUUUUGAAUAUUUAUAUCGAAGAAAAGAAAGAUUAUAUUUCCAUAAUGGAAUAUUUGGAAAAAUAUGGAAAAUUAUUAGCGGAGAAGUGCCCAGAUGAAACACUGAAAUUUAUUUCGAAAAUAGCCACCACAAACGUCUAUUUCGAUGCAAACCGUCUUAUCAAAAUGUUCAUUGGAAAUGUUGAAUAUUGUUCACAGUUUGUCGAAAUAGCCUUGAAGAUAGACAAGAAUAAUUCGAAAUUAAGGAAUAUACUACUAGAAUUGCGCCUUCGACAAAAAUUACAUAAUGAAAAUAUUAUUUUUAUCACAUACUUUUUUUUUUAUUUUCAUGGUCAAUUUUCUUAUGGAACGAUGAACGAUGAAGAAUUAGUUUCGUUAAUAGGUGAACAGAAAUUAGAUGAGGCUCUGCAAAUAUGUCAGAUGUUUGAUUUCAAACCUGGCAUAGUGGAUAUUUAUACGAAGCAAAAGAGAUUUGAUGAAUUAAUUGAAUUCUACUUAGAGCGAGGAAAUAUCAAAGAAAUUAUUGAAUUGUGCGAAACUAAAAGAAUUGAACUGACGAAAUCAAUUCAUCCAUUGGUGGUUCUUGAAAUUUUAUCAAAAAGUGAAAAUAUUUGUGUUGGACAUGUCCAGAACUACAUCAUCAAGUGGCUCAAAGAACAAAAUGAUCUGGGUAAGUUCUGCAAUCUCUGUUAUGUUUAUGCUCCAACUUUGUCGCCAGAUUACCGUGGUAAAGAUAAGUUCUACACGGAACUUCAGUUGUUAACAAAGUCUUUACCGAAAAAUGACAUGGUCAUGAUCGGAGGAGAAUGCGCACAUAGGUUAUAG